CGUGGAGAUCCUCUACAACGGAUCCUGGGGCACGGUGUGCGACGACGACUGGGACAUCGUAGACGCCAACGUGGUGUGUCGCCAGCUGGGCUGCGGCCACGCCAUCGCCAUGCCGGCACCCAUGACCUUCGGCCAGGGGAGCGGGCCCAUCUUCUUGGACAACGUGGACUGCAAGGGCCAGGAGGCGGCACUGAGCGAGUGCUGGAGCCACGGAUGGGGCGUCCACAACUGCUACCACUACGAGGACGUGGCUGUCGUCUGCAAUGAGCUUUCCCCCACAUCAGCAAGCGAAGGACCGACCAGCAGGACUGCCACGGCCUCGGUGCAGAACGGGGAAGGGGACGGCCGCAUCCGGCUGGUGAGCGGGGCAGACGCCUGCCAGGGCCGCGUGGAGAUCUUCUACCAGGGGAGCUGGGGCACGGUGUGUGACGACGACUGGGGGCUGAGCGACGCCAGCGUGGUCUGCAAGCAGGUGGGCUGCGGCCCGGCUCUGGAGUACAAAAGCAACGCCUAUUUCGGCUACGGCACGGGGCACAUCCUGCUGGACAACGUCAACUGCGAGGGCAGCGAGCCCAUCCUCUCCGCCUGCUACAGCCUCGGCUGGGGCAUCCACAACUGCGGCCACCACGAGGAUGCCGGGGUCAUCUGCAUGGGUCUGGACACAUCCACCGUCACAUCCUUCACCACCUCCACAGCCCUGGACUAUGAAGAGAUGCUCACUGCCACAGCCACAGGUACGGUGUUGGCAGCAACCAGUGCCACAGCAGGGAGGGCUCUGAGGACCGGCAGCUCCCUGGGCUGUCCCUUCCAUGGGGCAGCCAUCACGUGGGUCCAGGUGCACCUUGGUGAGGCUCUGGGGCUCUCUUGGGUGACCUUCCCCAUGGCAAGUCCCAGGGAACCUCUUCCUCGCCACCGAGGGACUUUGCCAUGGGGCCACCGUGUGACAGACGGCCACGAGCAGCCCUCGCCAGCAACCAAGGUGGUCACCACUGUGCUCGUCACUGCCGAGCUGGAAAGACCUCCACCCCCUACCUGCAGGGUUGCCUUCCUCAUUCCCAGGGCUCUCCCACGUGCCCGGAGGGCUCCCCCCAUCCCCCCAUCCUCGCAGUGGCUUUACCCCAUACCCUGGCUGUGCGGGCGCCCACCCGCAGGUGGCGGCGUGCGGUUGGCGAACGGCAACGGGAGCUGCCGCGGUCGGGUGGAGGUGCGGCACGGCGGGACGUGGGGUACGGUGUGCGACGACGACUGGGACUUCCCCGACGCGCAGGUGGUGUGCCGGCAGCUGGGCUGCGGGCCCGCCGUCUCCGCCACCGUCCUGGGUUCGUUCGGGUACGGCAGCGGGCCCGUGCUGCUGGAUAACGUGGGGUGCGACGGGCACGAGGCGCGCCUGGCCGACUGCUUCCACCUGGGCUGGGGGCAACACAACUGCGGCCAUCACGAGGACGCGGGCGUCGUGUGCCGAGGUGCUGACGACUCAGGAGACCACUUCCAAGAAGCCACUGUUGCCACCACCACGUCGGCCCCGACCCUUCUGGAGGAUGGUGAGCGUCCUAUGGGUGCUGGCGUGGAGAAGCGAGGCUCGCCCUGGCCCGGCCUGGCCGGGACGAGCCCAUUCUCCUCCACCCCAUCCCAAUGUCCCACCGCAGGGUUCUUGCGCCUGGUGAACGGCAGCCAUCGGUGCGAGGGCCGCGUGGAGAUGUUCUACCUGUCCCAGUGGGGCACGGUGUGCGACGACGCCUGGGACCUGCGGGACGCCGAGGUGGUGUGCCGGCAGCUGGGCUGUGGGAGUGCCGUGGCGGCGUGGGGGGAGGCGCACUACGGCCCCGGCACCGGGUACAUCUUCCUCGACAACCUCAAGUGCAAGGGCAGCGAGCCCGCACUGCUGCGCUGCUCACACAUCCGCUGGGACGUCCACAACUGCGACCACUCCGAGGACGCCAGCGCGGUCUGCAGCCUCCUAUGACCGCCCGCCCGCGGGGACCCUCCUGGGUACGAGGAUGGGGGGCACAUGGAGAAGGGGGGGUGGGAGGUGGGACAGGAGGGAUGUGGGACUCGGAAUGCGGCUGGAGAACAGUGAAGGUGUAAAUCGGAUGGAUGGGAGCCACUGACGAGCACGCUCAAAUGAGGUAUUAAGUGUGCUUCUAGCCCGGAAGCCUGCCUCUCCAUCCUGUGUAUCUGCCAGCUGACUUCACCCAAAUUAGGUGACAGGGUAGGGGUCUCCAAGCUGAUGCGUUCCCAUUAGUUCCUAUAAAAUAGGCAGAAGGGAGAGGGAGAGGCUUCUGCAGGAGGAAACCUCAUGAGCCCAGCACUGUACGGGGCACCGGAGAAUCCACACCACGCACACUGCUGGGCACAGCCCUUGGGAGCACCACUUGUGCCCCAGUGCGACCCGCUGUGACACAGCUGGGCCCAGGCAGCAGUAGUGUCCCCAGCAUGGGGUUGCAAUGUCCCCCCUGCCCCGGAGCUGCCCCAGGCCCUGGGGCCAGACGUCCUUUGGCUCCUAACAGCCUGCUGAAGCUUUUUCCCCCAAAAUGCCCGUUGGAGAGAAAAGCAAAGCAGCGUUUUUGUGUGCGUGUGUGAAAUCCAGUCGGUUUCAGCCAUUUCAUUUAAGAGAUGAGGGGAGAAAAAAUGGAUUUUCUGCUGUGAAA